AUGGUGGCCAAGAAGCCGCGGGUCGUCGUAGUCGGCGCGGGCGUGGCCGGCCUCACGGCAGCGCACCGGCUGUGCGCCGCAGGCGGGGACAGGUUUGAGGUGACGGUCGUGGAGGCCGGCGCCCACGCGGGCGGGCGGGUGCUCACGUCCGAGUUCGCCGGCCACCGCGUCGAGAUGGGCGCCACGUGGAUUCAGGGGAUCGACGGGAGCCCCGUGUACGCGCUCGCGCGCGACGCCGGCGCGCUCGCCUGCGGGAACGACCACCCCCCUUACGAGCGCAUGGACGGGUUCCCCGAGCGCGUGCUCACGGUCGCCGAGGGCGGAGAGGUGGUCGACGCGGACCGGGUGGCCAGGCCGAUCGAGGAACUGUACAGGGGCAUGAUGGAGGCCGCGCGCGCCGGCGAGUCCAGCGGCGGAGGGGGCGUAGAGGAGUACCUGAGGCGCGGCCUCCGAGCGUACCAGGCGGCGCGCCCGGGCGGCGGCGGCAAGGAGCUGGAGGAGGUCGAGGACGCGCUGCUCGCCAUGCACAUCAGCCGGGAGCGGACGGACACCUCGGCCGACGACCUCGGCGACCUCGACCUCGCCGCCGAGGGCGAGUACCGCGACUUCCCCGGCGACCACGUCACGAUCCCCGGCGGGUACUCCCGCGUCGUCGACCACCUCGUCGCGGCGCUCCCGCCAGGCACCGUCCGCCUCGGCCUCCGCCUCCGCCGCCUCGACUGGAGCGAGACCCCCGUGCGCCUUCACUUCGCUGAUGGCGCGACGGCGAUCGCCGCCGACCACGUCAUCCUCACGGUGUCGCUGGGCGUCCUCAAGGCGUGCCUCGGCAAGGACGCCCACGCCGCGGGCGGGGUCGCCUUCGACCCACCGCUCCCGCAGUUCAAGCGCGACGCCGUCGCGAGGCUCGGCUUCGGCGUCGUGGACAAGCUGUUUAUGGAGCUGGAGGCCGUGCCAGCGGCGAAACCGGAAGGUGGUGGCGGCGGCCAGCCGCUAGCCGCGUCUGCGCCACCGGAGUUCCCGUUCCUACACAUGGCGUUCCGGGGGUACGUGUCGAAGACCCCGUGGUGGAUGCGCGGCACUGAGUCCAUCUGCCCCAUCCACGCGGGCUCCAGCGUCGCGCUGGCGUGGUUCGCCGGGCGGGAGGCCCAGCACCUCGAGUCGCUCCCCGACGACGAGGUCAUAGGCGGGGUUCACGCCACGCUAGACUCCUUCCUCCCGGCCCCGUCACAAUGGAGGGUGAAGCGGAUCAAGAGGAGCGGGUGGGCCACGGACCCGCUCUUCCUGGGGUCCUAUAGCUACGUGGCCGUCGGGUCGAGCGGCGAGGACCUCGACCGGAUGGCCGAGCCGCUGCCUCGCGGGUCGGACGUUGGUAGUGCGCCGCCGCUUCGCGUUCUGUUCGCCGGCGAGGCGACGCACCGGACGCUCUACUCGACGACGCACGCCGCGUACCUGAGCGGUGUGAGGGAGGCCGAGCGGUUGCUGCAGCACUACGGUUACUGUUAG